AACCAAGGUUUUGCUCAUGGAUCGUACUAAGCAGACUGCUCGUAAGUCCACUGGAGGAAAGGCUCCUAGGAAGCAGCUAGCCACCAAGGCUGCCCGUAAGUCUGCUCCCACAACUGGAGGAAUGAAGAAGCCUCACCGUUACCGCCCUGGAACUGUUGCUCUUCGUGAGAUCCACAAGUACCAGAAGAGCACGGAGCUGCUCAUCAGGAAGCUUCCAUUCCAGAGGCUUGUUAGGGAGAUUGCCCAGGACUUCAAGGUGAUCAAUCAACUUGUGCACUACAUUGUGAUGCUCCUGUUGUGUCAACUCUUAUAGUAUGAUGAAUCAAGUAAACUAAAA